AGUCUCACUAAUUUGUAUACAUAAUCCAUCAAAUCAAAUGGAAACCAAAUUUGCAUAUUUGAUGAGUUACAUAAAUUUUACUCAAUAAUAAAUAUAGUGUUGGAGAGGGUUAAUAUAUUUCUCUAUAAUCAAUAUUUGCACAAUUAUACACGUUCCCAGUAUCAAUGCAUAGCUGUCCCCAGACAACCCAUGCAAUUGAGAGGAAGGUGUAUGUAUGACUUGGCUUUGAGCUUGACAAUUGACAUCAAUGACCAGUCUCUGCUGUGAUAUUUGGUUAAGGUAGUCAGUGUCGUCAAAAUCUCUUCAAAAUUUGAGACAUAAAAAGAAGAAAAAAGAAGCUUACAAUACAAUGCAAUACAAUUGUAAACUUUGGUGCCCCUCCUCUCUCCCCUUGGUGGAGGAUUCUAUUCUACACAUGACAUGAAUAAAAAACAUUAAACAAACCCAUGUGUCAUUUGGAAAGCUUCAAACUAUUGCUCCAUUAACAUAUAAGACAUUAUCUGAAUUUGGGGUAGUAGGCAAUCUUCCAAUUACUUUUGUUUACACGGUUAAAGUCCAAGUCAUAUAACUCAAGUUGGGGAACAGUAAGCUGUGGUUUCACAAUAGAAUGAGACUGUUCCAUGACCCAUGUUUCUGUUUUGUUCACUGAUUAGGACAUAUCAGGAGAUUGGAACUAAAAUUUUCAUGGUAGAAAUAAUCAAAUACUGAAUUCAAGGUAGUUUUAAAGGGGAAUUGACAGCAAGGAUUUCCUGAUUUCAAAAUGAACUUGAGACAAAUAAGUUAAUGGACAACAAAGAAAAUCACUUAUCAAUGGUGGCCUAUGAGACGAGUAGCAAAAAGAAGGUUGGGAAGGAUGCAAUAGGCAAGUCCUCUGAUGGAAGGGAACUUUCCAGGGUCUUUUCUGAGGAUUAUGAUUCAGAACAGAUUUUGAUAUUGGAUCCUAGGGGACCAAGAGUAAAUAGUUGGAACAAAAUUUUCUUAGCAGCUUGUUUGAUUUCAUUAUUUGUGGAUCCCCUAUUCUUUUACUUACCAGUGGCUAAGAAGGACAAGUGCAUUGAUAUGUCCGAUGGUCUUGAAGUGUCCCUUACCGUAAUCCGGUCAUUGAUUGAUGCAUUUUACAUUAUUCAGAUUUAUUUUCGGUUUCAAACUGCUUAUAUUGCUCCUUCCUCUCGUGUUUCUGGUAGAGGAGAGCUUAUCAUAGACUCUUCAAAAAUUGCGUCCAAGUACACGAGGAAAGACUUCUGGAUUGAUCUAGUGGCUGCCCAACCACUUCCACAGGUAUUGAUUUGGGCCGUAAUUCCUAAUCUAAGAGGCUCUCAAAUGAUUGCUUCAAGGCAUGUUUUGCGCCUUGUUUCGAUUUUCCAGUACCUCUUGAGGCUGUAUCUUAUUUAUCCUCUAUCAUCUGAAAUCAUCAAGGCAAAUGGGGUAAUGAUGGAGAAAGCAUGGGCUGGGGCAGCAUAUAAUCUGAUGCUCUAUAUGCUAGCUAGUCAUGUUUUAGGAUCCUCUUGGUACCUGUUGUCAAUAGAACGGCAGAAUGAAUGUUGGAAGAAAGCUUGUACACUGCAAUAUCCACGCUGCCAGUAUCAUUAUCUUGAUUGUCAAAGCAUGGAUGACCCAAAUAGGAUUUAUUGGUUAAGAUCAAGCAAUCUCUCAGGUCUAUGUGAUCAGAACAGUGAUUUCUUUCAAUUUGGCAUUUUUACUGAUGCUCUAGAUUUGGGAAUUACGGGCUCAAAAUUCAUCAACAAAUACUAUUACUGUCUCUGGUGGGGACUAAGGAAUCUCAGCUCUGUGGGACAGAAUCUCUUAACAAGCACACGUGUUGCAGAGAUCAAUUUUGCUGUGGUCGUUGCAAUUCUUGGAUUAGUGCUUUUUGCACUGCUUAUAGGCAAUAUGCAAACCUACCUGCAAUCCACCACUACGCGACUAGAAGAAUGGAGAAUAAGAAGGACAGAUACAGAAAGAUGGAUGCAUCACAGGCAGCUCCCUCAUUAUCUGAAGCAAAAUGUGCGACGUCAUGAACAAUUCAGAUGGGUUGCUACUAGGGGAGUUGAUGAGGAAACUAUUCUCGGAGACCUUCCCACAGAUCUACGACGUGACAUCAAACGCCACCUUUGCCUUAAUCUAGUUAGACAAGUACCACUAUUUGAUCAGAUGGAUGACAGGAUGCUAGAUGCAAUCUGUGAAAGGCUGAAACCUUCUCUUUUCACUCCCGGCGCCCACGUGGUUCGCGAAGGAGACCUUGUGAAUGAGAUGAUCUUCAUUGUUAGAGGAUGCCUAGAUUCUUGCACCACAAAUGGUGGCAGAACAGGUUUCUUCAACUCCUGCAGGCUCGGCUCUGGCGACUUCUGUGGCGAGGAGCUCUUGCCAUGGGCCUUGGACCCUCGUCCAACGGUUGUGCUCCCUUCCUCAACUCGCACGGUGAAGGCCAUCACUGAGGUGGAGGCCUUUGCACUCAUUGCAGAGGACUUGAAGUUUGUGGCAGCACAGUUCCGGAGGCUGCACAGCAAGCAACUGAGGCACACUUUCAGGUUCCACUCACACCAGUGGAGGACUUGGGCUGCAUGCUUCAUACAAGCAGCGUGGUUCAGGUACAAGAAAAUGAAGGAGACGAGCGAGCUCAAGAGAAAGGAGAAACUCAUGAUGAUGGCAUAUGUGCCUGGAAACGGCACUGAACACUUCUCUGCACCACUGCAGGCUCCAAUGGGCACACUGUAUGCUGCAAAACUAGCUUCAAUCCCAAGGAAAGGUAGGAGUUUGAGAUAUGGGCCUGAACUUGACAUUCUUGGCUCAUUGAGGAAGCCCCUCGAACCGGACUUUACUGAUGAUGAUGAUUGAUGACAGGUGAAAGAGUUGUUCACUUGAAGAGGGCAUGUUACAAGUAUGUUUAUGCACAAUGUUAGAAGAGCUUUUCAGAGUUUUUCUAUUGAAGAUAUAGAUUUUUUUUUUUUUUUAGUAUAGAAACUCAUCAACUCUUUUAAUUUUUUUUUAUCCAGACAAGCUCCGAUAGUAAUCUAAGUGUAUAAUAGGAUUAUUAGAUGAGUAUGUGGUUCUUGUUAAUUGUAGUGAACUUUGUAACUGUGAAGGAGUCCUCAUGUUUUAGACAAGGACAAAAGAUGGAAAUAAACAAAACCGGAGGCAGAAUUUUUGUAUUAAUAAACGAUUUGAAUGUUGCCACAAUAUCCUUAACUCAAGUGGCAACAGGUUUCUUUGUACAUGAUUCCUAAACCCUAAUUCUAGUCUGGUCCCUUUGUAAUUUA